CAAUCGGUCGCCAUGUUAAUCCGAAAUCCGCCAUAUUUUUGCUGAGAGUCGCCCAUCGCUUGAGGGUAGUGUGGAUUUUCAUCAUAAUUUAUUCAGAUAAUGAUUAUAUUAUCAGUUUAAUAUCAUAAUUUUAGUGUCAGUGAUUAGUGUGAUAUUUGUAUAACAAUAGAACUCUCAGCCAGCAAUAACUAAUGUGGUAUAAUCUCGGUUUCCCGUUUGUCUGUCCAAUCUAAUCUAAACAGAAAAUGGCCGACGGUGUUGGUGCGGGUGUCUCCUUUGUUUAGGGCUGAAUUCUAGUGAAAAUAAGUGUUAAAAGAAAUAAUGCCUAGUGCCUCGUUUUCCUCUUCGCGCUCUUACGUCCGUAGAUCGCGGAGAAAAGGCGGACAUAGAAUACCACUACCUUCUAGGACACAAUCGAGCGAGCCAUGUGAAUCAGUCCCCUGCCCCAACAACGUGACGGGCAGCGCGAUGGCGGCGACGGCGGCGUGCGCGGGCGCGAGCGGCAGCGGCGGCGGCGGCGCCCCGCCCGUGCCCGCGGCCGCGCCCGCCAGCACCCCCGGCCACCACAGCCCCUACGACCUGCGCCGCAAGUCGCCGCCAGCCUACCACGAGCCCGGGCCCUCGGGCGCUUGCUCUCUACCCGCCAGGAAGAGGCCUAGAACAUCAUUAUCUCAAGGAGUGGAUGUGUGCAAUGUAUCACAGUACUUGCAGUACGAGUUGCCUGAUGAAGUGCUGCUGUGUAUUCUCUCACACCUGACAGAGCGGGACCUCUGUCGCGUCGCGCAAGUCUGCAAGCGAUUCAACACGAUCGCCAAUGAUACUGAGCUAUGGAAAAGUUUGUACCAGUCGGUGUUCGAGUAUGACAUGCCACUGAUGCAUCCUGCGCCGUGCCAGUUCGAGUUCGUGGCGCCGGACGAGUGCGACGCCGAUAACCCUUGGAAGGAAAGCUUUAGGCAGCUCUACUACGGCAUUCACGUUCGGCCCAACUACCGUCCCAAGAAGGACUCGCGCAUCAAACACUUUAACACAAUUAGGGCGGGCCUGGAGUACGUGGAGGAGCGGGGCGGGGGCGCGGCGGCGGGCGGCAGCGCGUGCGGCGCGGGCGCCGGCGCCGCGUGCGCGUGCGGCGCGGCGGCCUGCGCGUGCCGCCGGCCCAGCGCGCCGCACGCGCCCGCGCUGCUGUUCGUGCACGCCGGCCUCUACCAGGAGGAGUGCCUCGCCAUCGACACCGAUGUGCAGCUUAUAGGUUGUGCCCCAGGCAAUGUAGCAGAAUCAGUGGUUCUGGAGCGAGAGGCAGAGUCUACGCUAACGUUUGCCGAAGGCGCGAACCGCGCGUACGCCGGUCACAUGACGCUCAAGUUCUCUCCCGACGCCACCAGCACCAUGCAGCACCACAAACACUACUGCCUGGAAGUGUCCGACAACUGUUCCCCCACCGUGGACCACUGCAUCAUACGUAGUGCUAGUGUUGUUGGAGCUGCAGUUUGCGUGAGCGGCGCCGGUGCAAACCCUGUCAUCAAGCACUGUGACAUCAGCGACUGCGAGAACGUAGGUCUCUACGUCACGGACUACGCACAGGGGGCUUACCAGGACAACGAGAUCUCACGCAACGCGCUCGCCGGGAUAUGGGUCAAGAACUUCGCCAAUCCCAUCAUGCGCCGCAAUCAUAUACACCAUGGCAGGGAUGUCGGGAUAUUUACCUUCGAAAAUGGCUUGGGCUAUUUCGAAGCAAACGACAUCCACAACAACAGAAUCGCCGGCUUCGAAGUAAAAGCCGGCGCCAAUCCCACCGUAGUUCACUGUGAAAUACACCACGGACAAACAGGAGGCAUAUACGUACAUGAAUCCGGUUUGGGCCAGUUCAUAGAUAACAAGAUACACUCUAACAACUUCGCUGGAGUGUGGAUCACCUCCAACAGUAAUCCCACCAUUAGACGUAAUGAAAUAUACAACGGCCAUCAAGGAGGGGUGUACAUUUUCGGCGAGGGCCGCGGGUUGAUCGAGCACAAUAAUAUUUAUGGAAAUGCUUUAGCUGGUAUACAGAUACGUACAAACAGUGAUCCCAUAGUCAGACACAAUAAGAUACACCAUGGACAGCAUGGUGGCAUCUACGUACAUGAGAAAGGCCAGGGGCUUAUAGAGGAGAAUGAGGUGUACGCGAACACGCUCGCCGGGGUGUGGAUCACGACGGGGUCGACGCCCGUGCUGCGGCGUAACCGCAUACAUUCGGGGAAACAGGUUGGAGUAUAUUUCUACGACAACGGCCAUGGAAAAUUAGAAGACAACGACAUAUUUAACCACCUAUACUCGGGCGUCCAGAUACGGACGGGAAGCAACCCGGUUAUCCGGGGCAACAAAAUAUGGGGAGGCCAAAACGGCGGAGUUCUCGUGUACAACGGAGGCCUAGGGCUGCUGGAACAAAACGAGAUCUUCGACAAUGCCAUGGCCGGAGUGUGGAUAAAGACUGACUCCAACCCUACGCUCAAGAGGAAUAAAAUUUUCGAUGGGCGCGAUGGAGGAAUUUGUAUUUUUAAUGGUGGGAAGGGAGUUCUCGAAGAGAACGAUAUAUUUCGCAACGCCCAGGCAGGCGUGCUGAUCUCGACACAGAGCCACCCGGUGCUGCGCCGUAACCGUAUCUUCGACGGGCUGGCGGCCGGCGUAGAAAUUACUAACAACGCCACUGCCACACUGGAACACAACCAGAUAUUUAAUAACAGAUUUGGAGGUCUAUGUCUGGCAUCAGGCGUGUCCCCGCUAGUACGCGGUAACAAAAUCUUCAGCAACCAAGACGCAGUUGAAAAGGCCGUGGGCGGCGGACAGUGCCUCUACAAAAUCUCAUCUUACACUUCCUUCCCGAUGCACGAUUUCUAUAGGUGCCAGACAUGCAACACAACAGACCGCAACGCCAUUUGCGUCAACUGCAUCAAAACGUGCCAUUCCGGACACGACGUAGAAUUUAUUCGCCAUGACAGAUUCUUCUGCGACUGCGGCGCGGGCACGCUGUCGAACCAGUGCCAGCUGCAGGGCGAGCCGACGCAGGACACGGACACGCUGUACGACUCGGCGGCGCCCAUGGAGUCGCACACGCUCAUGGUGAACUGAGCGGCGAGCCCGCGCCGUGCCGCGCCACACGAUAUCAGUAUUCCGACUCAAACUAUAUUUCUUUUUAUUUAUUUUUAGGCGCUAUUCGCCAACAAUUUUAAUGUAGUCAUUUCUCUCCGCGAGCCCCGCCUCGCCCUCUUUCUAGUUCAAUUAUUUUUAUUAUCUAAAACUUGGUAUUGUAUAUUCUCGUUAGGAAGCCGCCGCCGGUGUGCUUCAGCCCGUGUAUCCGGCUGAUAAUGUAUUUUCAUCUUUGUACUUUAUAGUUGACGAAACUAAUCAUAUUUCGGACAUCGUUACGCUAUCUGUAUAUGUAGGGAGUUUUUUUAAUCAUCGGUACUUAAUAAUUAUUGUAUUUUGUCGAGUAGUAUCAUGCAUUCCCAAAUUGUAAUCGUAAACCAUAAUAACGAGAGAUCACAUUGAUAUUUAGAAUAAUGUUAUUCGUUUUAUAAGAUGUACUGGUAGUAGCUUAUAUAUUAUAGUAUCUACUAGUUUCAUAAUCAUGGGGAAGUAAAUUAGUUUUUGUUUCUUCUAAAAAUCUACGAUAUUUAGUUAUGUAAUAAUUGUCGAUCCAGCGACUGUGACAGUCAGGAUAACUUUGUAAUAUAAUGAAUCCAAUAAUUUUAACUUUUUGACUAUACGAUUUCAUUUUUAUUUUGGGGCAUUUAUUCCUUAGCUCUCCUGACAAUAAAGUUAAUUGGUCAGAUGUUUUAGUUAAUAAAGAUACUUGUACUUGAGUUUAGUUGGUGUAGUGGCGCGAAGAGCCGCCGCCGGCCGCGGACGCAUGGCGCGGCGCAUUUAUUAAUCUCUCGUUUAGGAGUCUGCCUCGCCUAACUAUUGUGGCGCUCCUAAUGCGCUUUGUAAAUAUUUAUGUCACACAAUAAUCGAAAAAUGUAGUAAUUAAUGUAUUUGUAUCAUUAUAUUUUUAUUAUUGAUCACAACAUGUAUGUUUAAUUAUGGAAUUACGUACGUUAUGCUCAGACGGAGGCGUCGCCUCGCUUAUGUAAAGAGCACUUUGCCUGUGAGCCAGUAGAUAGUCCGGAGAUAUCAUUAGCCGCCUAAGCGGCACAUUAGUGUAUAUUAAGAUGCAAAUUACGAACGAAUGUGCGUAUUUAAUUGGAAAAGAUCUUAGGUACAAUUGAUAUUUUAUUAUAUUGUUAAUUUAAAUUUGGUAUUGAUAUCGAUCGAGAAGCAAUGUUAGGAACUGGGAAGAGCCGUGCGUGAGCGGCCAGAGUGCUGAUAGUGAUAAGUUAGCCAAUAAGCUAUAAUGAAACCUAAAUUACUCAGUAAUCACUAUUGCAAGUUUCGAAUUGUUAUAAAUCGUCUCUCCAUAGCACGGUAUGUUCUGAAUCUGCUUUUUUAUAAUCCUCAAAUCUGUGAUCAUCGCUAAAUGUGUAAGUGAAAAUAUUUUAGUUGAAACCCCACAUGCAGUAUGUAUAUGACUAUUGUGUUAUAGUUACAAAUUCAAAAUUGUUUAUUCAAUUUUUAUAUCAAAUAUAACGAGAAAAUUAUCGUGGCGCUGAUGCUUUUAUAUUUGAUUGUGAAAAUUGUUAUUUAUUAAAUUGUCAGUAAGUUAUAAUUUAUUAAAUUGAAAUCUGGAUAUUUUGUUUAUACACGAAAAUACCACUGUAAAAUCCGUGAUAUACAUCAUAUAAUACUAUAA